AUGGAAUCAGACAUCAAUAUACAGCCACAGGAACUUCUUUACUACAAUAAAAAGUAUCAAAUAAUCAUAUGCACAUCCUGCCAGUACGCAAUCCAGCCGACUGCCCUUGACCGACAUCUGAAGGAAAUUCAUGCUCUUCACCGGCAUCGUCGGCAACCUUACACAGACUAUGCCGCCAGGCUAUCAUUGAAACAGCCCUCAGAGCUCCUUGGUAUAAGUAUUAUUCUCGGUGAGGGCGAGGACUUUCCUGUGCCCGGAUUACCAGUCAUCAGCGGCCUCCAGUGUCUGGAUCCCAGCUGUGGACAUCUUUGCGUGAGCGUCAAACGGAUGCAGAGCCACUGGAAAGCGGAGCACCACAUGUCUGGUUGUGCAGCGUUAGACUGGCAGUCGGUGCCUCUCCAGACUUUCUUUCGAGGGAAUCUACUGCGGUACUUCACUCACCCGGCAUUGUCAGUCGUGAAAUUACCAGACACAUCUACUGAGAGUGUGGAUGACCAGAUUCGAGCUAUAUAUGAUGCCUGGGCAUCUCAUGCGGACAUGACAGAAUUUGACACGAGUCUUCUCGCUCAUUAUCUACAAUCAACACAUCUCUCUCUUGCAAAUAGGCACGGCAACGUCCGUUUAUGGCAGAUAUCUGUCCCUCGCAUCGCAACGUCGAACUCUUUCCUGCGCCAUGGCAUCCUCGCCCUCUCGGCUCAGCACCUUCUCAACACGGAGCAAGGUCAGAGCACUGAUCGCCAACGAUUAAUGGGAACGGCUUCUGAGCAUCAUGACAAGGCGAUGGCAGCAUUUCAGACCACGAUCGAUGCAAAGCCGUCUUCAGCACUAGAAUGUCACGGCAUUAUUGCUUUUAUACAUGCUAAUACGCUGCUCUACUUUUCAAAUUAUGGAAAGGAUUCGUCUUCUGGGGUUGAGGACCUGUUUCUCGCAGAUGCCAGCCGACCUGAUCUUGCUUAUUUAUCGCCUUGGCUACACUAUGUACGGCAUGGCUGUCACCUCGUGUGCGGCUUCUGGGACACGAUUGGUAACGGCACGCUAGCCUCUCUCGCUGCGUCGUGGGACAUACCCAUCAUGAUGGAGGAUGAACGGUCAUCCCGGAUAGCUACCAUUUUACUAUCCGCUCUGGAUCACUAUUGCUUUGAUGGAUGCCAAAUAUCUGAUCAAAUCCAAAACGUUUAUGUCCAAGCUGCAAGUGACUUGGCGCUUGCGAUCAAUGCAGCUCAAAAGUUUGGGUCUGCGCUGACAAUCUGGGACGCAAUUCGGUUAUGGCCUUUGACUCUCUCACUAGCCUUCGUUAAUGAAGUCAAGAAAGAGAGGCCUCGUUCUAUGAUUUUGCUGGCCUGCUACUGUAUCAUUCUGGAGAAGUUAGACGACGCUUGGUUCGCAGAGGGGCUAUCUAAAAGGUUGCUUUCCCUCACCCGUACGAAACUCCAGAGUGGUCAAAGGGAGUUUUUACAGGAGGUUACACAGCGCAUUGCGUCUAUCCUCAAAUAG